AUGGACUUGCAUAGGGAAGGGUCAUCAGCUAAAAUCCAUUAUGGAACUGAGCAUAUUUCAGGUUUCUUUACCCUGGACCAUGUGAAGGUUAGAGAUUUGGUUGUUUAUGACCAAGAUUUUAUUGAGGCAAUUAGAGAGCCUAGCAUCACAUUUUUGGGAGCCAAAUUUGAUGGCAUUUUGGGGAUAGGAUUUCAAGUGUAUAACAUGCUUAAUCAACAUGUUCUCGCACAACCAAUAUUUUCAUUCUGGUUAAAUCGUAAUACUAAUGAGGAAAAAAGCGGUGAGAUUGUAUUUGGUGGAAUUGAUUCAGAUCAUUACAAGGGUGAGCACACAUAUGUUCCAGUUACUCAGAAAGGCUAUUGGCAAGAUGCCAUUGCUCAAAUCAAUCAUGCAAUUGAAGCAGUUGGUGUUAUGAGCCAAGAAUGCAAGGCGGUGGUGUGUCAAUAUGGAAAAACCAUAUUGGAUAAGCUGAUAAAUGAGGUUCUCUCUGUGUCUGCCAUUAGGGAUAAUAUCUUGGAGGCUGUCAAAGUUUUAAUUGGUACUCUUAAUUUUUCUUUAAAAUGA